CAAAAGAAUGCACCGGGUAUAAUCGACGCGCCUUCGGCGACGUUGGAAUGAAUGUUUCAACUGGCAAAUUCCACUCGCGUUUCUUUUCUUUCGUCUCAAUUAGUUGGAGAGGUUUCAGAACUGUGUGUUUCCGGGUGAAAUCUCGGCCCCGAAGUUUCAUGCCGGAGAUAUGAAGAUAGGGGAAGCAAAGCCGGCUGAGCACUAGGCGACUGCAAGAACAGUGUAGGCUACGCAGGGAGGGGGAGAGACGGAACGGGAGGGAUAGAAGAAAAAAACCAACAGCACCCGAACUGUGCGUGGUUCACCUUCUGAAAAACAGGAAGCCAACGCCGAUCAGCCCACCUGGCCGCAUUGUCCUGCAGGGAGAAGACAGCGGUUUCCCACUGCUCAUCUUGUCACGCAUACGCUUAUUUUAAAGCCUAUAUAAAUAUAUCGUUAUUGUGGAUUCAUAUCGAGAGAAAAAAUACUUUUAACUAUACCUAUUUCCUCACUAGGACGGUCGAUAUUAUCCUAUUCCCAACAGGAGUGUAACUCAAGCAGCCUGGUGAGACCAAAGCAUCAAGUCAGUAAGCUUCCCAGCGGGAUGAGACGAGGGAGGCAUGAUGUCAGGGGACCGUCAGAGACACAAACAGGAGUGUGCGUCUACUACAGUAUCUGUGGCUAUGAGAGCAGCCCCCCGGAGCACUAACACACGGGGUCUGGCGGAGAGGUGGUGGCGACUGGAGCCAUGAAUGGAGCAAUUCUCAGUCAUAUGCAGUGUCCCUCCACCUCCCCAGACGCCACCAGCAUGAAGGAGAGCCACAGGGAAUAAGAGCCUCCAGGAGACCGCAGGUCCUUAUGGUUGAGCUGGGUGUUGGUCCCUGCGAUGCCUCCCGCCAUGACAGACGACCUGGACUUGUGGGCGGCCCACUCCCAGCUGUCUGGAGAGGACAUGGUCACUGUGGACUUCCUGUUACCCACCGGCAUCUACAUCCAGAUGGACGUCCCCAGAGAGGCCACCAUACAACACAUCAAACUGCUCCUAUGGAAGCAGGCCCAGUCAUACCCCCUGUUCCCUUCCCUGGGGGAGAUGGAGGGCCACAUGUUUGAGUGUGUGAACCAGGCAGCGGUGCACGAGGAGCUGGAGGAUGAGACCAGGCGCCUCUGUGAUGUUAGGCCCUUCUGUCCCAUGCUCAAACUGGUCACACGCAACUGUGGCCGCGCGGAACGCUUGCUCGACUCCAAGAUCGGUGUGCUCAUCGGAAAAGGUCUCCACGAGCUGGACGCUCUGCAGGACCAGGAGGUGAAGGACUUCCGCAGUAAGAUGUUCCGUAUCAGCGAGGAGAAGAUGCAGCGUGUACAGUUGAUGACCUGGAGCGAGUGGCUGCAGGCCUGCUUCUCUCCGCAGCUGGAGCCAGGGGGAGGAGCCACACCCGUCACAGACGGUGUCAACGACAAACAGGCCGAGGCCAGCCUCAAAGUCACCAUGCACUUCGACCAGUCCCAGGACACAGCCAGUCUGAAGGUGUGGCCCAGCACCAGUCCCAGUGAGCUGAUGGAACAGGCGUUGAGGAAAUGGCUGACGACCCACGGCCCCGAGGAGGAGGGACGCCAGGCCGAGCAGUAUGUUCUAAGGGUCAGCGAUAAGCUGGAGUUCCUCUGUGGAGACCACCCCCUCAUACAGUACAAGUACAUCAAAGCCUGUCUCCAGGCUAAGGAGUGUCCCCACCUGACCCUGGUCCAGGUCAGCUCGGUCCAGGCCAUGUUCGAGAAGGAGAUCUCGGCCAUCGGAGCUGUAGUCAACCGAAAGAGCUCCAACCCCCCCUUACCCCUGCCCCCCAAGAGGAGGGGCCCCUCGCAAGUGAAUACAUGUGUAUGGGAGGUGUCCACCCAGUUUAAGAUCGUCCUAAUCAAAGGCAGCAAGGUGAACGCUGAGGAGUCCGCCAAGGUCCAGGUGCGUGCAGGCUUGUUCCACGGCACAGAGUUGUUAUGCAAGCCGGUGGUGAGCAGCGAGAGCAGUGGACGCUCGGAACACGUGUGGAACCGCACGCUAGAGUUCGACAUCACUGUGAGCGACCUGCCGCGCAUGGCCCGCCUCUGCUUCGCCGUCUACGCCGUCAUGGACAAGGUCAAAAAGCAGAAGUCCACCAAGAACGCCCACAUCAACAAGUACCAGACCAUCCGCAAAGCCGGCAAAGUGCACUACCCUGUAGCCUGGGUGAACACCAUGGUGUUUGACUAUAAAGGACAGCUGAAGACUGGAGAUAUCAUCCUUCACAGCUGGUCUUCCUUUCCUGAUGAACUUGAAGAGAUGCUGAACCCCAUAGGAACCAUCCAGACCAACCCGUACACUGAGAAUUGUACAGCACUCCACAUCCACCUCCCUGACUACAACCCUCACCCCAUCCUAUUCCCCCCCUUCGACAAGAUUCUGGAGAAAGCUGCAGAAAUCGCUGGGUCAAGCGAUUGCUCGACCAUGGGCCGAGGCGGUAAGAAGUUCCACAUUGAGCUGAAGGAGAUCAUGGAGAGGGACCCUCUGUCCCAGCUGUGUGAGAACGAGAAGGACCUCAUCUGGACACUACGCUACGACUGCAUGGAGAACUUCCCCCAGUCACUGCCCAAACUGCUGCUCUCCGUCAAGUGGAGCAAACAUGAGGACAUGGCCCAGCUCCAGGCCUUGCUGCAGAUCUGGCCCAAGCUGAGUCCCAGGGACGCUCUGGAGCUGCUUGACUUUAACUACCCAGACCAGUACGUCAGAGAGUACGCUGUGGGCUGCCUGAGGGAUAUGAGUGAUGAGGAGUUGUCUCAGUAUCUGCUCCAGCUGGUCCAGGUGUUACGUUAUGAACCCUACUAUGACUGUGCCCUCACCCGAUUCCUGCUGAACAGAGCUCAGUGCAACCGCAACAUAGGACACUUCCUCUUCUGGCAUCUCAGGUCAGAGAUGCACAUGCCAGCCGUCUCUGUCCAGUUCUCUCUCAUCCUGGAGGCCUACUGUCGCGGCAGCAUCCCUCACAUUGAGGUCCUGAAGAAACAGGUGGAGGCUCUGAGCAAGCUGAAGUCUGUGAAUGAGCUGAUCAAGCUGGGCACCAUCAAGAAUGCCCGCAGUAAGACCAAGGAGGCCAUGCUCACCAAAGAGGCCAUGAUGACUUGUCUGAGACAGAGUGGCUACACAGAGACCCUCUCUGACCUGCACUCCCCUCUCAACCCCAGUGUCCUGCUCUCUGGAAUCAAUGUGGAGAAGUGUCGGUACAUGGACUCGAAGAUGAAGCCUCUGUGGAUCGUCUACAACAACAAGCUGCUGGGGGGAGACACCCUGGGAAUCAUCUUCAAGAACGGAGACGACCUGAGACAAGACAUGUUGACACUGCAGAUCUUGAGGUUGAUGGACCUGCUAUGGAAGGAGGCCAAUCUGGACCUCAGAAUUGUACCUUACGGUUGCCUAGCAACUGGGGACCGGUCAGGGCUGAUCGAGGUGGUGUCGUCGGCGGAUACCAUCGCCAACAUCCAGCUGACCAGCAGCAACGUAGCAGCCGCCGCAGCCUUCAACAAGGAUGCGCUACUUAACUGGCUCAAAGAGAAGAACUCUGGAGAUGCUCUGGAGAAGGCGAUCGAGGAGUUCACCCUGUCAUGUGCAGGCUACUGCGUGGCCACCUACGUCCUGGGGAUAGGUGACCGCCACAGUGACAACAUCAUGGUCCGCAGCACUGGACAGCUCUUCCACAUAGACUUUGGGCAUAUCCUGGGGAACUUCAAGUCCAAGUUUGGCAUCAAGAGGGAACGCGUCCCCUUCAUCCUGACCCAUGACUUCAUCCACGUCAUCCAACAGGGAAAGACAGGCAACACUGAGAAGUUUGGCAGUUUCCGUAAUUACUGUGAACAAGCCUACCUGAUUCUGAGGCGGAAUGGGAACCUCUUCAUCACCCUGUUUGCCCUCAUGCUGACUGCUGGACUGCCCGAGCUCACCUCCGUCAAGGAUAUACAGUACCUAAAGGACUCUCUGGCCCUGGGGAAGACUGACGACGAAGCACUGAAACAGUUCCGCCAGAAGUUUGACGAGGCGCUGAGAGAGAGCUGGACCACCAAAGUCAACUGGAUGGCCCACAACGUGGUCAAAGACAACCGCUCCUAGAACACACAGACAUCCUGGAGCUGGAGGGUGAAAGGUUAAAGGUCAGGAGGGUCUGGUCUAUCCAGUGCUGGGACAACAGUGACAGAGGGGGGUUAGGUGUUGCUAAGAGGUGAAGGCCAGACAGGACUGGGCCUGGGGCUGCAAAGAAGGGAAUCUAGAAGACUAUCUUAAACACACAUGCUCUUACAGGCUUAAAUCCCCCUCCCUUUGCCUUUCUUCUGGCUUUUGAAGCUGCUGUGUGCCUCCAGCCAGUCCAGCAGUCCCAUUGCCUCUCCCUGAUCAUGUGACAUAUUUGUGGGUAAUGUGGUUGCGAGUUUUGCACUGCUCAGUGAGAGUCAGAACCCCCCCUCUGAGUUGUGAAUGGACAGCCCCCUUGGAGACUGAACUAGACUGAACCAAUGAGGAAGGAAGGGGACGGGGGUGGUUUCACCCACCUAUUAGCAAGACUUCUGAUCUGCCUUGUGUUGGACUAAAGGGAGAGGUCAGGGUUGACCACACCCACUAAAGGCCCCACACCCGUGUCUUAAAACUACGCCAAAACGUGCACAUAGCCAGAAGAUGUGCGUCUUAUUGGACUUUUCCUCGCGAGGCCUCCAGUUCAUCUCGAAAGUUUGCCUAAAAACUGCGAGAAGAUUGUAUUUGUUUAGUUUUUAAAAUGUUUAUUUUUUAUUGCCAUUUUAAGAUGUUAUUCUAUAGGAGAUGUAUAUGUGCCAGACUACUUUAUUUAUAUAUAUAUAUAUAUAUAUACACACACACACACACACACACACACACACACACACACACACACACACACACACAGAGAGAGACACGCUGCAUGGCCAAAUUUUCUGGAUGCCUCUUCCCGAUAGCUAAACAACAACUUUCCACACUCCGCUGUCCCCUCCUAGUAGCUAGCUAUUUCCCUCACUAACGUUAGCACAACUUUGGAAAAGCAGUGCUCAGCAAGCUGGGGCAAAGGAUACUGUGUCCCGGUGUUGGGAAACAGAUUUGCCGUGAAUGCUCUCCACACUGAAUAGACUAUCCCAGUGACAUCCAGAAGGUUACCAAUAUUAUAGUAUUUCUCAUGAAGGCUGUUAUCCUACUUGGAGUAAAAAAAAACUGUAGGAAAACAUUUCAUGAGUUAACAUUGAUUUGGUGGUUUAGCUCUUGGGAAGAGGUGUCCAGUGGGGGCAGUUCGGUCACGCCGCUUCAGCCUUUGAGAAAUGGGGUGAAUUAGACCAUCAAAUACUGGAACCAUUUGAAAUACGAGGAAGAGAGAGCUUAAAAUGUUUCUAGAACUUAAUUUUGUGUUCCUGCUUUGGAAUGUGGAUGUAACAUUCCUGUGUUCCAUUUUAUCAAAUCAUGGUUGUUGUUGGACAAACAGAACAGGCACAAAGGGGUAGUCAUAACCACACGACCCCAUGGAGGUUUUAUCACGACCCCAUGGAGAUUCUGUCUUAGACAUAGACUUGCCUACGGAUGUCAGAUCUAGUCUUUCAAAGCACCGAACUGCUCACAUGACAAUAACCACAAUGAAUAUACGAAGCAUGUUACUAAAAUGCCUUUUAGGACCAAAACAAAGAAAACCUUCAGUUGAUUUAGGUUGGUUUUUACUGUGUUUUAAAGAAUCUGUUCAGAAAUGGAAUGUUUGUGUAAAAUGUGUUGCUUUCUUUUUCAGUGUUGUUGUUUUUUAGAACAGCCAAAUUGGGCGGAGUUUAAGACCUAUGGAAGGGGUUUGCCAGCAGAGGGCGUAACACUGCGAUUCAAAGCUACUUCCUGGUUUUGUCAUGAGAUGCUCUCUGUUUUGAUUUUGUGCAAUAUCCGUAUAGGAGUCUACAUGUAUAUUAUGUAAAUGAACCCUUGGGCCCUAAUGCCUGAGGCUAUAAUGGUUGUCACUGUGGGUUAAUAUGUAUUGCUGCUGUAUUUCUCACCGCUAGCCUUCGUAAGUCUCUCAGACACUGAAUAUUGUCAAAUGUACAGGCUUUUAUUGUUUUGCUGUUUUUUGUUUUCAUAUGAGUUUUAUUAAAGUUAUUUUCCAUCUAACUGGA